AAUAGAAUGAAUAGAAUGUACGAGUGCAAUGUUUAAUCUGAUUACAGUGAAUCUUUAAAAAUAGAAUCUCAUGGAAUUUUAACAAUAUUUGGACUCCUAGGAUUGAAGAUGUCCGUAGCGUUACGUGCCCUAUUAUUCCUUGUGUGCCUUCACCUUGUGCUUGGCCAAGAGUUCCAGUGUCCACUGGGCAAGUCACCGAUGACACGCCGUGGGAGGCUGAUACGCUGCAGUGCUGUAAGGGCUUGCCCUAGAAACUCGAUAUGUUACCAGGGAGACACUAUGAUCAGUUUGUGCUGUAGAACAGGUUCACCAAGUGAAGGCUGUGUUUACAAUAACAAAGCAUAUUCCUAUGGGACUUCAUUCGUAGAUGUGAGAGACUCUUGUAAUACAUGCACAUGCCAGCCUGGAGGUACAAUAUGUCAAGCAGAUUGUCCUCAGUUAAAAUGCAAGGAUCCUAUACGUUUAGAAGGUGAAUGCUGUCCUGUGUGCCCCGAAUUACCAAAAGGAUGUACCCAUGAUGGAGUGACAUAUGUUAUUGGGGAAAGUUUCAAGCCUGAUGCAUGCACAGAUUGUACAUGUGAGGACGGGUUUGAUCCAAUCGGUCUAUACGGAGGUGCAACUUGUAUGGUGAUGUCAUGCCCUGCUGUUGUAUGUGAACGCCCUGAAAAAGAACCUUCGCAAUGCUGUCCUGUAUGUCCUGAGUUAGUUGUUCAACCUGACGGAUGUCCGGCUGGUUGGGAUUCACAUCGUGGUGUGUGCUAUCAGUAUGUAGAAAAUGAGACGAAGGUUACAAGUGAUGUUGCCAAUGUGUUCUGUAGUCAAAAACAUGAGCGAGCAACUCUGGCUGCCAUUCCGGAUGUCACCUCCUAUGAGUUCAUUGCUGACACUUAUUUGACAGAGUUUAAUUUUCCAUGGGUUGAUUCCGAGCAUUCCGAAUAUAAAGGUUGGGCCAAACACAAUCCACGUAGAGAUGAGGAGUGUAGCGUUAUGUACCAGAGGAAAUUGUUUAGUCAACCAUGUGAUUUUAUACGUUCUGCAUUUGUCUGUGCAUUCACAAUAUAGCGACAAGUGAACAAUAUAAACAAAUAUAAUGAACUCAUAUUAUGAACAUCAUUAAAUCGCGAAGUAAUUUAUAUAUAGAGGGCACUGGAUGUAUGUACAAUGUUUAGUCAUUUUUAAGGUGCAGUUCAGUAAUUGAUAUUUGAAUAAUAUGACUCAGAAAUCAUUUUUUAAAGUCAAACUAGGUGUGUUAUACUUAGCAGAGAAAUCUGAAACACAAAGCACGGCCUCAUAUAUUGAUAAACAUGCACUUAUGUUCAUCACUAGAUAAUAAUUACGACCUCACAUAUUAAUAGACAUGCCCCAAUGUUCAUCCCUAGAUAAUAAUUGCAAUCUCAGAUUUUCAUAAACAUGCACUAGUUUUCAUCACUAGAUAACAAUUACGACCUCGGAUAUUAAUAAACAUGCACUUAUGUUCAUCAC